UUGAAAAUUCAAUGGAGGAAAGAAACCUGGUGUGGAAUUAGUGCCCCCUUUUCCACGGAUGACUUUGUUUCUGAUAAGAUUGGCAAAUCUGUGGCCUACAGAGUACAGAAUCAAGCUAUUCGCCAUUUUUUAAUAGACUCAAGCUAUUCGCUAUACUUUGUGGCCUAGAUGGAGAGCUCAUGCCUGGUUGUGAGGAUUUGGUCAGUAUUCAUGUCACUGUUUCCCCUGAUGAUCAUCACUAUGGCCUCUUCAAAUCUGAGAGCAAAUAAGGUGGAAAGACUAUCCUUGCUUGCCUUUAAAGCUGUAGUCAGUGAUCCUCUGGGCAUCCUUAGCUCCUGGAAUUAUUCCUCCAACUUAUGUCAUGAGUGGCGAGGGAUUACUUGCGGCAGAAGACGCCCGAGAGUCAAGGUUCUCGACCUCCGGUCCAGCCAGCUGAAGGGUGUUCUAUCUCCACAUAUCGGAAACUUGAGCUUUCUCAGGACAUUAAAUCUCCGAAGGAAUAGCUUCACCGGCACCAUCCCUCAAGAAGUUGGUCGACUGUCCCGGCUGCAAGUACUAAACCUCGGGGACAACUUGUUCAAAGGUUAUAUCCCCAUGAAUAUAUCACAUUGUUCUAACCUCCAUUAUCUUUUUUUGGCUAAUAACAGUCUUACUGGCGAAAUUCCAAUUGAACUUGGCUCAUUGUUGAAGCUUCAAGAACUUAUUUUGCGCAGGAACAAUUUAAUAGGGGAAAUUCCCCCUUCCUUUGGAAAUUUUUCUUCUCUUAAAGUUCUUUCUAUGAAAGAAAAUAAUCUGCGUGGCCUCAUGAAUAGCCGCCUUGGGAAAUUGAAAAGCUUAAGAGAUCUUUCAUUGGGUACAAAUAGAUUGUCUGGUACCAUCCCUCCCUCCAUAUACAACCUUUCUUCAAUUCAACACAUUUCUGUGGUUGGAAACCAACUUCAUGGAACUCUUCCUUCUGGGUUGGGCUACACAAUAUUUCCAAAGCUUCAAAUCUUUCAGUUCCAAAUGAACAGAUUCAGUGGACCAAUUCCAUCUACUAUCUCAAACGCAUCCUACCUUUCACGAUUUGGGAUCUCUAAUAAUACUUUUACCGGAAAAGUCCCUAGUUUGGCAAGACUGUCCAAUCUGGUUCGGCUGGAAAUUGAUGAUAAUAAUCUUGGAAAUGAGGAUGGUGAAUUGGAUUUUCUCUCUUCUCUGGUCAAUUGUACCGGUUUAGAACUUUUGGAUAUUAAUGGGAAUAAUUUUCAAGGAGUUCUACCUGAAUCUAUCAGCAAUCUCUCAACAAAGCUCAAGGUGAUGAGCUUAGGAAGGAAUCAGCUAAGAGGAAGCAUUCCGAUUGGGAUAGGAAAUCUCAUCAACUUGUUUGUAUUGAGCUUCGAGGAAAACCUAUUGACGGGCCCUAUACCGAGUUCAAUAUGUAAGCCAAGUAAACUAAGCAGUCUGUUUAUAAACCAUAAUCAGUUAUCAGGCGAAGUACCCAUUGAUGGAGUUUUCAGGAAUUCAACUGCGGUUUGUCUCGUGGGAAACAGAGGACUUUGUGGAGGUGUAACUCAGUUGAACUUGCCUCUAUGUUGUUCUGAGUCUUCUGACGGGAGCCUGUUUCCUCUUUGGACAUUAGUCUUCUCAGUUUUCUCUUUGGCCGUUGGAAGUAUUUUGGUGUUGUGCUAUCACUGCUGUGUGCCCCUUUAUAGAUCAAAUAAAAGGAAAGCCAAAGCUAAGGUAACCGUGAUACCAUUAUUGGAUCUUUCACUCUUAAAAUUGUCAUAUGGUGAUCUCCUAAAAGCAACUGAUGGCUUCUCUUCUCGGAAUUUGAUUGGCUCUGGUAGUUCUGGUUCUGUGUAUUGGGGAGUUCUUGAUCAACAGGAGGAAACAAUUGUUGCUGUGAAAGUACUCAACCUUCAAAGUUCAAGAGCUUCUAGAAGUUUUGUAGCUGAAUGUAAAGUCCUGAAAAGCAUUAGGCACCGAAAUCUUGUUAAACUAGUGACCGCUUGCUCAAGUAUUGAUUUUCAAGGAAAUGAAUUCAAAGCUUUGGUUUUUGAGUUCAUGUUGGAUGGAAAUCUAGAUGAAAUGUUGCAUUAUUCAGCUCAUACAGUGGUUCGGGUGCCCACUGUGCAGGUGCAUUUGAAUCUUAUCCAAAGGGUAAAUAUUGCCAUUGAUGUAGCUAAUGCUUUGGAUUAUUUGCACAGCCACUUUCACAACCCUAUAGUUCAUUGUGAUUUAAAGCCGAGUAAUGUUCUCCUAGAAAAGGACAUGACUGCCCGUGUCUGUGAUUUUGGGUUAGCAACCUACCUCCCACAUACUUCUUCACUAGAGAGUUCUUCCAAUAUAAUAAGGGGGUCCAUCGGCUAUUUUCCCCCAGAGUAUGGCAUGGGAGGUGCGGUCUCAACGUAUGGGGAUGUGUAUAGCUACGGAAUCUUGUUACUGGAGAUGCUUACUGGUAAGAGGCCAACAGAUGAUAUGUUUACAGAUGACACGAACUUGCACAAUUUUGUUCUGAUGGCUUUGCCUGAACGUGUGAAAGAAAUAUGUGAUCCGUUGCUUCUUCAAGAAAAGGAAAGCAGCACUAGUACAAAGCCUGCAAGCAAUAGGAAUGAUGUCCAAAAUGAUGAAACACGAAGAGUUGAAGAGUGUCUUAUUUCCAUUGCUAGGAUAGGAGUUGCUUGUUCUGUGCAUUUGCCCAAAGCACGAAUGGAGAUUGGAAAAGUUGUAGCUGAAUUACGUGUAAUCAGGGAUGUACUGACUGGAACCAGGAUGCUUAGAGAGUAGAGAGCACAUGAUCACUACCUAAGGCCUUAUCCGCCAAUGAUACAGUUGGUUGUGGGAGAGUCCAAUAUAGAGCGUCAGAUAAACCAGCUUUCACUACUUGGUGAGUUCAAUAUAUCAUUUAAUUAUGUAAAACUCCCAAGAAUUUAUUCAGAUGUUAUUAAAACAUUUCAUUGAGUCAGUUGUAUUUAUUCACAAGGAAAGUGGAAAAAACCAAACUGAGAAUACCUUUGUUUGCUGUGUUCUGAUUGAGAACCCAAUCUCUUCUUCUUAGACACAUUUUAAGACGAAUUUUAGCAAACAGGGUUCUGCAUCACCCGCCAAAACCUCCUCAAAUAGCCCCUCUCUGAUUUG